CGUCACUCCUCCAUGCAGAGACCCAAUAACGUUAAUUAACAUUCGUUUCCUAAAAUUACUACAAAUUAUUGUGUGAGAUUGGUAUGGCACCUAUCAUCUUGGGAUACUGGGACAUACGUGGGGUUAUCUAACGAAAAUGUGCAUACCACAGUCGCCCCACCAUACCACUCUGACCAAAGUUGGCCCAACCGAUCCGCCUUCUCAUGGAGUAUGCCGGUCUUGAAUGGGAAGACAAAUUGUACUCCAUGACCGGCAAGGAUCCCGUGGUUGACAAAAUGUGUUGGUACGGUGUGAAAGAAUCACUCGGAUUUGAUUUCCCAAAUCUGCCAUGGUUAGUCGAUGGUGAUGUCAAACUGACGCAAACUACCGCAAUUAUUCGUCACCUCGCUAGAAAGACAAAUCUUGGUGGACAAAGUGACGAUGAGAAACGUCGCGUGGAUUUGAUGGAGGCAGAAUGGAAGGAUUUUUGUGGACCAUUUGUGGAGAUGUGCUACGACAAAAAUUUCGACACGGUUAAAAAGGAGUACCCGGCACGUGUCGGCCCGAAACUGGCUCGUUUCUCCGCCUUCCUUGGAGAUAAGCCCUGGUUCGCAGGAAAUGAGUUGACCUACGUGGAUUUUCUCAUGUAUGAAAUGUUUGACCAGCACAAAUUAUUGGAUCCGUCUAUACUUUCUAAGUUCGGGAACCUGGAACAGUUUAUGACUCGUGUGGAAGCCCUGCCCAGGAUUGCUGAAUUCAUGAAAUCGCCCAAAUUUGUAAAGUAUCCACUUAACAAUCGGCAUGCUUUGUUCGGGGGAUAAUUUUCUUGAUUUGCCUUACGAAAAAGUUUAUCUUUGAAAGCUUUGAAAGUAAUAAUAAAUGAAGUUUAUCCUAAAUA